GUGCAUGACGCUGGCAAAGACGGAAGCAUUGAGCACUGACCACAAUGGCAAAGUUCCUGACGCACGAUCAGAUAAAUGAGUUCAAGGAAUGCUUCUCACUGUAUGAUAAGAAGCACAAGGGUAAAAUCGAAGCGAAAGACCUGAUCACAGUUAUGCGCUGCCUAGGAGCCUGUCCAACCUUCACUGAGAUAGACAGACACCUGCAGAGCCAUAUGAUAGACAAGGCUGGGGAGCUAGACUUCUCCACGUUCCUCAGCAUCAUGCACCGGCAGCACCAGCAGGAGCAGCCCUGCCAGGAGAUCCUGGAGGCCAUGAAGAUGACAGACAAGCAGAGGAGAGGCUUCAUCCUGGCACCAGAGCUGAGGGCCAAGCUCACCGGGCUGGGGGAGAAACUCACUGACCGGGAGGUGGACGACAUGCUAAAGGAGGCGGGUGUCGGAGCUGAUGGGCGAAUCAACUAUGAGGAGUUUGCCAAGGCAGUGACCCGACCAUCAGCAAAGUAUUGACCGAGAGACAGGCAGGACAAACCUCAGGUCUCUACUGAAGACAGACUGUGUGCUAACUGGGUAGAAUUGUCUGUGUUAAAGUAUAUAUUUAAGAAAAGACUUGCAUGGUAAACAUAAUCCUUUUGUUCCUGGUUUAAACUAAAACCAUUUAUAAAUGUUUAUGAUGUACAACUAGAAAACAUACAGUAUCUGUUUCACAGAUAUUCAUAAAGGGACUAUGUUGUUUGGA